ACCUCCGGAUACUGAACAAAAUUGGCUGCUUUCGACUGGCUGGUUAUCAUACAAAACAAUCAUGCUAUUAAAACCAGCCAACUCAGUCCCUUCAUCUCUUGUUCGCAUCGGUUCCACCAUACGGUGGCAUUAUCCCUUUUCACUCGAAACCAAUCAUUUGUUUUCUCUGGUGGUCUGCUUUUUUCAUUCAGGAUACCAUUCGAUUGAGCUUUUUCUCCCAACCAGACGGUCUGGUGAUGGGAAAUGGAGCUUACAAGUCCGCAAUCUUAACACAGGGAGAGGAACAUUGGUUUCCUUUACCAAACCUUUUACUUUUGUCAUGCUCGGCCUUGUCUGUUUGAACCUUUUCGUGCCCCCAUCAUGGGUGGUCCAUCACUUGCCCCCCACUCUUAGCUGCGAGGAAGGCUCUAGAGUUGCUGAACUAUACGGCUGGUAUGAGCGAAAUCGUCUUGCGGGGCUCUCUGUAACUUCAAAUUAUGACUCCAUAGCUUCAGGCGGUUCCUCCAAGGGUGCUGACAGUGUAUCGCUUUGUUUAUGGCAAAGUGGCCGUUCGAGGCUAGCAUGCUUCGCGACUCCCCUGAUGUGGAUGAACGACCGCAGCAGGGAUUACGGAGGUUGAGUGAAGGAGAUCUUAGAGCGCGGGGCUUGCCGUCAAGGCCUUCAAAAGCAAAGCACCUUCUUCUGGUGCAGAGGACCACGUGCCCUUAUCGUGCCGUCUUGGUAAGAAGGUCGAUGCUGAUCGAGCAAAGGGAGAAAUCAUCAUUCUUGGGUCAUCCUCUUCCGGGAAGCCUCCUUCUCCAUCAGACCAGGUUGAUGGUGUUGGUCCUAUUGCGAGUUCACAGUGACGGAAUUGGAGGAUCCUGACUUCAUAACUUGCUAUGAGAAGUUCGUUCUGGACUCGAUGGACAAGCAGCUGACGGUAUCCUCAAUGUUAAAGGAGCAGCUUGGAUAAUUCCUUUGUCGUACAUGAAACAUGUUUGACUGCUGGAAGCACAUCGGGAAGAACUGCAUGGAGUGGAAGCUCGAUGGGCUGAAGCUGUUGGGUGGCGGUGCCUUGAAGUGGAAAGGAAUGCAAUUGCUAAAAGAAUCUCAGCACAACAGUACAAAGGGGAUCUGGCCGCAACGGGCACGAACUGUACAGGGGGGUUUCGUACAGAAUUUAUUGGAGAUGCUCGAUAAGGUGUCGUGUUUCGACGAUCCAAGGCUCAUUCAAGGAUUUAAUCUGCUCUCUGAUGGCGUUGCAAACCAAGUGAGCGAUGCUGCUCGAGACAGUAAUAGAGAUGGUCAGCCACUCCAAGCGGGUAACGAUGACGAACGGUUGGUUCAAGCCUCAAGGUGAUUGUCACAUGAGCAAGCUGUUGUCCCCAAUUGCCUGAUGUGAACAUUAAGAAUGCUAUGAUUUGUGAUUUUUGUUUUUUGGCUAAUAUGUAGGUGUGAGGAAUUGUUUCUGUGUUUUAUCUGGCUUCGUGUUCUAUUUUAGUGUAGAUUUUGGAGUUAGUGUGUUUUAGUAAGUAGUUUGUGUGAAGGUCUAGUAAGUGGUGACCAUUUUGGCACCAGUUUCAUAUUUGCUACAAGUUUGCCUAGUGAUCGUUUUUUGAGUUUUGUGCAGCUCCUUCAUCAGGAAGUGUCUCUUGUAAUGUUGUUGCAGGGGACUAUCAAAAGUGUCAUCACUGAAAGUGUUCUUUCUCGAA